UGACCUUUCCUUUCCUGUGAAUGACUUUAUUAGUCUCCUCACAAUAUUUAAUUCUGUAUAUACAAAAAUAAUUUGGUUAAUCCCCUUCUGCCAUAGUCACGAGUCGCGACUGUUGUCAUAAUCAACAAGGUUGAAACUUCCAGGAAAAAACUUCGAAUUGGGAGGACGAAGAAGUUCUCUUGAUCACUUGAUCAGUAGCUGAUCAGAAGUCGGAGCCCCAGGCUGCAGCCACUACCAAGGGUAGAGGCUGGGGCCGAGGUAGAGGCAGAGCUUUAAUGGCAUGGCUACAAAUCCUACUAUUUUGGUGUUGCUGUUUCUUUUUCAUAAACAUUUCUUAUUCCCAAACAGACACAAUUUUUCAGGGACAAAAUCUUAGAGUUGGAGAGAAACUGGAAUCAGCAAACAAGGAAUUCAGGCUGGAGUUUUUUAGCCUUGAUGCUAAUAAAACUCACUAUAUAGGCAUAUUCUACAACUUACCUUCUAACAUGACAUUAUUCUCUGAUGAUUCUCGCCCCGUUUGGGUUGCUAAUCGCGACAAUCCAAUCCCAUAUGCAUCAGGUAAUAAUCUCACAUUGGAUGAUGAGGGAAAGCUGAAAAUUAUCUAUGGAAAUAAUAGUUCUGUUUUGUUAAGUUCUAAUAAUGCAACAGCAAGAAAUACAAGUGCCACACUAUUCGACAAUGGUAAUUUUGUGCUGGUGGAGUUGGAAACUAGUGGUUCUGUGAGCAAAACUUUGUGGCAAAGUUUUGAGCAUCCUACUGACACACUUUUACCUGGGAUGAAAAUUGGUAGAAGUAUAACAGGGGAAAACUGGUCACUGACUUCUUGGAGAAGUGAAGAUGAACCAGCCUCGGGGUCUUUUACGAUUGGUAUAGACUCAACAGACCAAUUGACAAUAUGGUGGGAGGAACGUGUGUAUUGGAUGAGCGGACGUUGGAGUAAUGGGACAUUUAGCAAUGUAUCGCGAAUAUCUCACUACGACUAUGUGAACUUGAGCUUUGUUUCAACAGAUGAUGAAAGGUACGUAACUUACACGGUCAGUGGGACUCAAACUUUAUCUAGAUAUACAAUAGAUUCAUUUGGUUUAAUCAAAGAAAGAGGAGCAGCAGGACCUUUUGGUGUGUGUAUCUACAAGCCUAGUGCUGGUUGUGUGACAGAAGAAUCGACCGAGUGCCCAAUUAGAGACGAUUCAUGGUUUGAGAGGAGGCCAAACAGUGUCACUGGUAAUAGAUUUACGUUUGAAAACAACAACAUGAGUUUAUUUGAUUGCAAGAGAGAGUGUGAGAAGAAUUGUUCUUGUGGUGCUUUUGCCUCAACUACAGCUACUGGAACUGGUUGUGAAAUUUGGAGUAAUGUAUCUAUCUUGAGUUCACAAAAUCAAGAUGUUUUCAUUCUUGAUAGUGGAGGAGAUUUGGUGCCAAGAAGAAAUCGGAGCACCUCCAAUGUACCGAGCACAAUCUCACUUCCUCCAGAUUUAUCACCAGCACCAUCUCCCGAUGAAAUGCCAAUGUCAUCUGAUUCAUCUCCAAGAACUUCAAUAAAAUGGUGGAUUUGGCUUAUAACUGCAGCUGGCUUAACCAUAUUAGUAGGACUUAGCUCCCUGUGCUACCUUCGGCGCGGAAAAGGGAAAGCAAAAGCAACAGCUUUGCUAUUGCUAAAUCAAAGAGUAAAUAUAGCCAAAAGGAGAAAGAGUGACAAGAAAAUGAGCCAAGAUGUGCAGUUAUACAGCUUUGAGAGCCUGGCAAUCGCCACGGACAACUUUUCGCUGGGAAAUAAGCUCGGUGAGGGUGGAUUCGGACCAGUAUACAAGGGAGAGUUGCCUGAUGGGCAAGAAGUGGCUAUAAAAAGGCUUUCAACAAGUUCUGGACAAGGGCUUCUGGAGUUCAAGAAUGAAAUUUUAUUGAUUGCAAAACUUCAACAUACUAACCUUGUUAGGCUUUUAGGCUACUGUACUCAAGGUGAAGAAAGGAUUUUAGUAUAUGAAUACAUGCACAACAAAAGCCUCGACUUCUUCCUAUUCGAUACUAACAAAAAGGAGCUACUAAAUUGGGACACUCGAUUCAGAAUUGUCGAAGGGAUUGCUCAAGGUCUACUGUAUCUGCAUAAAUAUUCAAGGUUGACAGUAAUUCAUAGAGAUUUAAAAGCGAGCAAUAUCUUACUUGAUAGUGACAUGAAUCCAAAGAUAUCGGACUUUGGCAUGGCGAGGAUUUUCGGAAGGCAAGAAUCUGAAGCUAACACGAAAAGAAUCGUUGGAACACAUGGCUAUAUGUCUCCAGAGUAUGCAUUAAGAGGCAUUGUUUCAACAAAGACAGAUGUAUUCAGCUUUGGUGUUUUACUCUUAGAAAUUGUUAGUGGCAAGAAGAGCAACAGCUGCUAUGAUUCUGAGCAUCCGCUAAACCUCAUAGGACUGGCAUGGGAAUUGUGGAGAGAAGAGCGAGCUUUGGAGCUAAUAGAUGUAACACUAAUUGAAUCGUGCUCGCGCGAUGAAGUAAUGAGAUGCAUUCAUGUGGGACUCUUGUGUGUUCAAGACUAUGCAAAAGAUAGGCCAUCAAUGUCAAAUGUUGUUUCCAUGCUUACAAACGAUACGAGACAACCACCACCACCACCAGAACGACCAGGAUUUUUCAUAGAGAGGGGUGAUCAACGAGCACAGAUUUCCGAAGAAGUAGAAAGAUAUUCGAUAAAUGGGCUAUCAAUUUCAGAAUUGAAAGCAAGAUAAGUCUCAUCUAGGCUGCCUUCACAACCACUGUUAGAGACUGAUUCAGAAUUUAAAGUCAGUGGAACGAACAAACAUACAUUUUAUUAAAAUUUCAUCAAUAUGUAUAUGGCACGAUCUAGAAACAACGAGUGCACCUAUAUAUGUCCCUGGCCAUUGCCUAAAAAUUAGAAGGCUGGCUCCAUCAACAUUGAGCUUCAAUAAUAAAAUUCACUCCUGUUUUUAUGCCAUCU